GCGCUUGCGCCCUGAUGCCUGUCGCCAUCUUGCCCCUUCUGAGGCACCGCAAACAAACCCAAUUCCUGGUGUUCCCUAGUCUUGGCGGAGGAGCCUUUUAGAUGAGCCCCGAAAGGCCGGGCAGGGAAGACAAGCUCUUUGGGGCUACCAAAAAGAAGCAGCAAUGCCUGUUGUGUGGCCAACCCUUUUGGAUCUCAGCAGGGAUGAAUGCAAAAGGAUUCUUAGAAAAUUGGAAUUGGAGGCAUAUGCUGGAGUUAUCAGUGCACUUCGGGCACAGGGGGAUCUCACCAAGGAAAAGAAAGAUCUUCUUGGAGAACUCUCAAAAGUUCUUAGCAUCUCAACAGAGCGCCACCGUGCUGAAGUUCGGAGAGCAGUAAACGAUGAACGGUUAACAACAAUUGCACAUAAAAUGAAUUUAUCCUUAUAUUUGGGUGAAAGACCAAGUUACAGUAUGUCUGGACCUAAUAGCUCUUCAGAAUGGUCCAUUGAGGGUCGUCGCUUGGUUCCACUGAUGCCCCGGUUGGUUCCCCAAACCGCCUUCACGGUAACAGCUAAUGCUGUUGCCAAUGCAGCUAUCCAGCACAAUGCAUCUCUUCCAGUGCCUGCAGAAACCGGAAGCAAGGAAGUAGUGGUUUGCUAUUCCUACACAAGUACCACGUCAACCCCAACCUCUACCCCUGUUCCAAGUGGCAGCAUAGCAACGGUUAAGUCUCCAAGACCUGCCAGUCCUGCCUCCAAUGUAGUUGUCUUGCCAAGUGGAAGUACUGUUUAUGUCAAAAGUGUUAGCUGUUCAGAUGAAGAUGAAAAACCCAGAAAACGAAGGCGAACAAAUUCUUCUAGCUCCUCCCCCGUUGUCCUAAAGGACGUUCCAAAGGCUGUUGUUCCGGUCUCAAAGACUAUCACUGUGCCUGUGAGUGGCAGUCCCAAGAUGAGCAACAUCAUGCAGAGCAUUGCCAACUCCUUACCACCCCACAUGUCUCCUGUGAAAAUAACCUUCACCAAACCAUCAACACAGACGACAAACACAACAACACAGAAGGUUAUUAUAGUGACCACAUCACCAAGCUCAACCUUCGUGCCCAACAUUCUCUCCAAAUCCCAUAACUAUGCAGCAGUCACUAAGCUUGUACCAACAUCAGUCAUUGCUUCCACAACCCAGAAGCCACCAGUGGUUAUAACUGCUUCACAGUCCUCCCUGGUCAGUAGUAGCAGCAGUGGCAGCAGCAGUUCUACACCAUCACCUAUUCCUAACACAGUUGCAGUGACAGCUGUGGUAUCUUCCACACCAUCCGUGGUCAUGUCAACAGUAGCACAAGGUGUGUCUACAUCAGCGAUCAAAAUGGCAUCAACCAGACUUCCUUCCCCCAAAAGUUUAGUGGGCACCCCAACUCAGAUUCUUGCACAGUUUCCUAAACAGCAUCAACAAUCUCCUAAGCAGCAGUUACAUCAAGUGCAGCAGCAGACACAGCAACAUGUGGGCCAGCCUGCACCAGUAUCUCAUCAGCAGCAACCUCAGCAGUCUCCUUUGCCACCGGGUAUCAAGCCAACUAUUCAAAUCAAACAGGAGUCAGGUGUUAAAAUUAUCACACAACAAGUUCAACCAAGUAAAAUCUUACCCAAACCAGUGACAGCAACUCUGCCCACCAGUAGCAAUUCCCCUAUUAUGGUGGUUAGCAGUAAUGGUGCAAUUAUGACAACUAAACUGGUAACCACUCCCACUGGCACACAGGCAACCUAUACCCGGCCGACAGUGAGCCCGUCCAUAGGUCGGAUGGCUGCAACCCCUGGAGCUGCAACUUACGUGAAAACUACCAGUGGUAGCAUCAUUACAGUUGUACCCAAGUCAUUAGCCACCUUGGGGGGCAAGAUAAUUAGCAGUAAUAUAGUUUCUGGAACGACUACCAAAAUCACUACAAUCCCAAUGACUUCCAAGCCUAAUGUGAUUGUUGUGCAAAAGACUACAGGAAAAGGAACGACUAUUCAAGGCCUCCCAGGCAAAAACGUUGUCACAACAUUGCUAAAUGCUGGAGGAGAAAAAACUAUUCAGACGGUGCCAACAGGAGCAAAGCCAGCUAUUAUCACUGCUACAAGACCCAUCACCAAAAUGAUUGUAACUCAACCAAAAGGAAUAGGUUCCACAGUUCAACCAGCAGCUAAAAUCAUCCCGACAAAAAUUGUUUAUGGGCAGCAAGGGAAAACACAGGUUCUAAUUAAACCCAAACCAGUGACAUUUCAAGCCACAGUUGUUAGUGAACAGACAAGGCAGCUGGUCACAGAAACAUUACAGCAAGCAUCUAGGGUGGCAGAAGCUGGUAAUUCAUCUAUUCAAGAGGGAAAAGAAGACCCACAGAGUUAUACAGAUAGUAGUUCCUCUUCUACAGAGUCCUCCCAAAGUUCCCAAGAUUCCCAGCCUGUAGUUCAUGUAAUUGCUUCCCGGCGUCAGGAUUGGUCAGAACAUGAGAUUGCAAUGGAGACUAGUCCCACCAUAAUUUAUCAGGAUGUAUCCAGUGAAUCACAAUCAGCUACUUCAACAAUCAAAGCUCUAUUAGAACUCCAACAGACAACAGUAAAGGAAAAAUUGGAAUCUAAACCAAGACAACCCACUAUUGACUUGAGUCAGAUGGCAGUGCCUAUUCAGAUGACCCAGGAAAAGAGACAUUCUCCUGAGAGUCCAUCCAUUGCUGUGGUAGAGUCAGAACUAGUUGCUGAAUACAUCACUACUGAACGCACUGAUGAGGGGACAGAGGUUGCUUUUCCCCUUCUAGUCAGCCAUCGCUCCCAGCCCCAACAGCCCUCCCAGCCCCAGCGGACCCUGCUCCAGCAUGUGGCUCAGUCACAGACUGCAACACAGACUUCAGUGGUGGUGAAGUCCAUCCCGGCAUCUUCCCCUGGAGCAAUCACCCACAUUAUGCAGCAGGCAUUAAGCAGUCACACUGCUUUUACCAAACACAGCGAGGAACUUGGAACUGAGGAGGGCGAGGUUGAAGAGAUGGACACUUUAGACCCUCAGACAGGUCUGUUUUACCGAUCUGCUCUGACUCAGUCGCAGUCAGCUAAGCAGCAGAAACUUAGCCAGCCCCAGCUGGAACAGACUCAGCUGCAAGUGAAAACUCUGCAGUGCUUCCAGACUAAACAGAAGCAGACCAUCCACCUGCAGGCAGACCAGCUCCAGCACAAACUCCCGCAAAUGCCCCAGCUUUCCAUCAGGCACCAAAAGCUCACCCCUCUCCAGCAAGAACAAGCACAGCCCAAGCCAGAUGUACAGCACACACAGCAUCCCAUGGUGGCCAAAGACAGGCAGCUUCCUACCUUAAUGGCACAGCCCCCGCAGACUGUAGUACAGGUGCUCGCAGUGAAAACCACGCAGCAGCUCCCUAAACUGCAGCAGGCUCCGAACCAACCAAAAAUCUACGUGCAACCCCAAACCCCCCAGAGCCAAAUGCCGCUCCCAGCUGCAUCAGAGAAACAGCCGGCAAGCCAGGUGGAGCAGCCAAUUAUAACCCAAGGAUCCUCUGUUACAAAGAUAACUUUUGAGGGGCGCCAGCCUCCCACAGUUACAAAGAUAACUGGUGGCAGUUCUGUGCCUAAGCUGACAUCACCAGUUACAAGCAUAUCUCCCAUUCAGGCCUCUGAGAAGACAGCAGUGUCAGACAUUUUGAAAAUGUCUUUGAUGGAAGCUCAGAUUGAUACAAAUGUAGAGCAUAUGGUAGUGGAUCCCCCAAAGAAGGUUCUUGCCACUGGUAUGCUCACUGGUGAAGCAGGAUCAUUACCAUCCACCCAUGUGGUGGUGGCAGGGAUGGCGAAUUCCACUCCCCAGCAACAGAAAUGUAGAGAGUCCUGUUCAAGUCCAUCUGCUGUUGGCCCUCCCUUAACGACAAGGAAAAUCGAUGCACCAGGAGUGCCUACGACAGGCCAGUUCAUGCGUAUUCAGAAUGUAGGCCAAAAGAAAGCUGAAGAGAGCCCAGCAGAAAUUAUCAUCCAGGCCAUUCCCCAGUAUGCUAUUCCUUGUCACUCCAGUUCCAACGUGGUUGUAGAGCCCAGUGGGCUUCUUGAGCUAAACAACUUCACUAGCCAGCAGUUGGAUGACGAUGAGACGGCAAUGGAGCAAGACAUAGACAGUAGCACAGAGGAUGGAACCGAGCCCAGCCCCUCUCAUAGUUCUGCUGAACGGUCCUAAAUUUUUGAAAACAGGCGUGCACUUUAAAACCUACUUGGUUACCAAGUGUCCAGGGAAGCCCUUGAUUUUUGAUGUCUAAAGAUAGCACUUUGCCCAUGCUUAGGCUAUGGACCCCAAAAUCACAGUGUUUCAACAAGAGCUGCUGCAGGAGCAGCAUUUUAAAACAAGAUAAAACUCACAGGGGAAUGUACUUUAAAAAAAAAAAAAAAAAGAAAAAGGAAAAAAAGGAAAGCUAAAAAAAAGAAAAACGUGCACAUCUGCAGUGACAAAAGACCCGAUAUCCUUUCUCUGUUGGACCAUGGCUGAUGGUAAAGUAUGUCAUGCAGUGGAAAGAGACUUUUCCUGUGAAUGUUCAACUGGUUUCUGCUGAGCAAAACACCAUCAGAAAAGGAGAAUGUGAAUAGUUUGUAUUUUGAAAUGGUGUGUCAGGAACAGUUUUUUAAAAACCUUGUAUGUUUUUGAAAAUCUCUGAAAGUGUUGAAUUGGUUAAAAUUUUACAUUUGCUCAGUUUAUAGUUUAUAAAAUAACUAGAAAAAUACUGGCAUUAAAGAAUCCUUGUUAGAUGGUGGAAAUCAGAUCCCUAACCAGUGGGAAGUGCUUUUUGGGUGGCUUGUACAUUCUCAUCAUUUGUAUGCUAAUUUAUUGUGUUGUUGUUCCUUUGUGCUCUAGGCAGCACACUUGCCUUCUAUUUAUUUAAAUGUAAACAUUUCAAAGCAGGCCAUAUUCUGACAGAUUUCCUGUAAACCAGGAUUUGCCUGCCUUUUCCACCUCCCAACCCUCCCGCUCCUUUAAGAAAAGAGAAAAUGUUUCAUUGUGAAGGAGAGGAAAAGAAACAUUUUCUAGCCCAAAGGAAAUGUUCAGCUAUGUUCAGGAAAAAUAACCCAUAUGAUGCUAUCUUAACAUUGAAAUUGCACAUUCAUAUUGGACUGAGACUUUGAAGAUAACUUUUACGUACUUUUGUUUAAACCCCUUUGAAAUGUAUAAAAAUUAAUUUGCAGUUCUAAAUGUAAUGUUUUUAAGCAUUCUGCCUUUUUAGGACACAGUUUGUUUAAGCAAUAUGUUUGGGUCUUGUGAUCACGGUCUGUCACAAGUAGAGUGAGGGGUAAGAGGGUGGGAGGGUAACGGUCAGUUUUGACAAGUUGUGGCAAAGGAAGCAAUUCUUUUCAUUUUUUAAAAAAUGUAAAUAGAAAAGUUUUUAACGGUUUUAUAUAGAUUUCACUAUAAAUAAGCAUUUUAAGACUGACAAAUGUUGAACUGUACAUACAUAUCUCAGCAUAACUGCCCAAUUUUUUGGUGCUGAAGUACUGUAAGUAGAUUUCACCAACAGUCUCCUAAUUUUUGCAUCUAUAUCUAGAAAAAAAACUGUGAUACUGUAGUUAAUAAAUUCCCACUAGAGUGACACUGAAGAUUUAAACACAAGCAUUUAUAAGAUGCACUGACCUCUGGUAGUCGCCAUCAUUUCUCCUGAGUGGUUAACGACUUACCCGUAGAUGGGGCUGUUGGAUUUUAUUUUAUUGUACAAAUUCAUGUUUAAAAGACUUUGUGAUUGUUUCUAGUUAAGUAACUUUUUAACCUCUCCAGUCAUAGGCUUCUUUGAAAAUCUGAUCACACUAUGAACUCUCCCCAAAAAGACACACAUGCCAAUAUACAUGUUAGAUUUUACAUACAAUCUUAGGGGUUUGUGGGCCCCUAAGCCUAACCAUGUAUUCAAGGUUAAGCCCUCUGUUAUGGUCAGUCCAUUACUUACAGAUGUAAGUUUUUAUAAAAUAAAAUAUCUUUUAAAUAUUCAUGGGUCAGGUAACAAGAGCAAACUUGAAUAAAGUUAUUAUGUCUACUUCUACAUAUUCUGGCAGCAUAGCAUACCUGUGUCCCUUUUGAGAAUUUAACCUUAAUAUGUUUUCAACAACUGGAAUGGCAGACGAAACUUCCAUAAGCUACACUUUUAAAAAUUAGUAUGUAUAUAUUAGCAAAUUAUCAAGUGAGGGAUUUAAUAUUUUUUUUUCCUUCAAAGAUACUACUUUCAAGGAGACCAUGACUUCUUUUGUUUAUUCAACAAAUAUUAUUUGAACAUCUAUGGCGUGUUGGGUACUGUUCUAAGCACCAGGGAUUCCACAGUAAAUAAACAGAAAAUCCUACCCUUAUGGAGUUUACAAACAGAGCUUCCUGCUGAAGAGUGGAUGCCAGGGCCAAAGGAAGGAGGAAACUCAAGUUCCUACUUAGGUUUCUUGCUUAAGUGAAUGGAUGGUGGUGCUGUAUAUGGGUCUCCAGGUAUCCUUUUACUGAAAGUCUUAGCAUUAUUAAAUGUAAUUUUAAAUCAGUCCUUGUGAAAGAUAUCCAGAGAUUAUGCUGCAAAUAUUACAGAAUUAUUAGAGUCCUAACAACUGUUACAGGCAGUGGUAAGAAAAAUUCAUUUGGUUUGAAGUAAACUUUGUAAAUGCUUUGUAUUGCAGAAUGCAGUUUAUGCUGAACUUAGGGAACUUAAAAAAAUGUUUUAUUGAAAUUAAUUCACAUGCCAUACAAUUCACCCAUUUAAAGUGUACAGUUCAGUGGUUUUCACUGGAUUUACUGAGUUGGGCAGCCAUCACUACAGCCAGUUUUAGAACAUUUCCAUAACCCUAAAAAGAAAUCCUGUACCCCUUAGCUGUUACCCCUGAAACUCACCCUGCCACUCCAGCUCUAGGCAACCACUAAACUACUUUCUGUCUUUAUGGACUUGCCUAUUCUGGACAUUUCAUAUAAAUGGAAUCAUAUAAUAUGUGGUCUUCCGUGACUGGCUUCUUUCAUUUGGCAUAGUAUUUUCAAAAUUGUAACAGGUUUCAGUCCUUCAGUCCUUUUUAUGGCUCAGUAAUAUUCCACCACAUGGAUAAACCACAUGUUCUUUAUCCAUUCAUUGGUUGAUGGACAUUAGGGUUUCUACUUUUGGCUUUUAUGAAUAAUGCUGCUGUGAACACUUGUGUAUAGUUUUUACAUGUUUUCCGUUCUCUUUGGUACAUUUCUAGGAGUGUAAUUGCUAGGUCCUACAGUAACUGUUUAAUGAUUUGAGAAACUAUCAAACUCUUGUCUACAGUGACUGCACAGUUUACAGCAGUAUAGGACAGUUUGACCUUUUCUACAUCUUCACCAAUGCUUGCUAUAUUUGUUUUUUGUUUUCAUUAUUUUUCAAAAUUAUAUCCAUUUUAGAGUGUGCAGUGGUACCUCAUUAUGGUUCUGAUUGACAUUUUCCUGAUGGCUAAUGGUAAGAAUCUUUUCAUCUGCUUGUUGGCCAUUCACUGAUCUUUGGAGAAAUGUCUUUUGCCCAUUUUCAAAUUGAAUGAUUUUCUAUUAUUUAAAUUGAGAGCUUUCGAAGUACAGGCAAUAAUACCACUCUUAAAAGUAACCUGUUCUCUAGUCAUUAAUUCAUCACCCUUAAAACCUUAAUCACGUUUGACUUCCUCUCUAAUGUAACAAAUUGCUUAACAUUCUUAAAACUAUGUAGAGCUAAUUGAAAACGUUUUUAAAUACAUUUCUUUGUGAGGUUCUCUCAAUGACCUGCUUGGAUGGGAGACAUAGUACAAAGGAAAUAAUACCCAAGUGGUCUGGAUUUGAGUCCCAGGCUCCUGUGUUAAUGGAUCAUAUGAACUUGAGCAGGUCCCAUUUCCUGUAAUACAAAGUGUGAGUUUCUGACCCACUUGGGGUUAUCGUGAAGAGUGCAUGAAAUAGUGCAUGUAAAAAAUGCCAGGCACAGAGGUGCUCUAUUUUUUAAGUCUAAUAGCUAUUAACAAUCCCACUUUAUAAAUAGAAAACGAGGGCUCAGAGACAAAUGAAGUACCAAAACACACAGAUUAUAUGCUAAUAGGCAUCAUGCUGAUCCCCAAGUUGAUACUUUCUAUAUGGGAGUGUAUGUGUGCCACCAGACACAGAAUUGGCCUUUGGAAAGACAGGGGAACUUGAUGUUGGCCUGUAACAUAAUCUCUUUGUCUGUCUUGGGUGCCUUCACACAGAGGUGCUCACACACAAGUUUGUUUUUUGAUUUGUCACAAAUCCCAGAUAAGAGGAAGUAGAGUGAAAAAGCACCAUGUAAGCAAGGCCUUUCCAAGAAGAGUGAGAAAACAGUCUGCUGCCUCUGCUUACAGGUUUUAUAAGCCUUUAAGUGAGGCCUAUGACCUACAUAUUGAAAAAAGGAUUGAAACACCAUAGAAUCAGAUUUGUACUUGUGAGAAGUCUUGCUCUGCUUUCGUACCUCUUCCUUGCUUACACAGACUGUAACUGAAAACAGGGCACUUCAGAAAAAAAAAAAAAAAAGCAAGCCUAAGUUUGAAUCCUGACAAGCCAUGUGGCUGGACAAGCUCCGAGAGGCUUCAGUUAGCACAAGAUGGAAUGAAUGGUUUAUACUAUGUCACCUAAUACCCAUUUUUAAAUGUCCUGACUUUUUCUUUUCCUUCCAACAAAUAGUUACUGGGCACUUCUUAUGUGCAGACGUUGGGGAUAUAAUAGCCAGGGAAAGACACCUCUACCCUCUUGGAACUUGAGCCUUUAUCUCCUUUAGGAUACAUGAAUCAAAGAUUACAGCUAAAUAUAUUCAUUGCUAAGUGCUAUGGUGGAAAAUAAGUAGUGCUAGGAUAGUGUGUAAAUACGGAGGUUGGGGAGUUGUACUCAGAAAGGGAUUCUUUUUUUUUUUUUUUCCUUUUUUUUAGAGAGAGAGCACAAGUAAGCAGAGCAUCAGGGAGAGGGGGAGAGAGAGAAGCAGGCUCUCUGCUGAGCAGGGAGCCUGAUGUGGGGCUCGAUCCCAGGACUCUGGAAUCAUGACCCGAGCUGAAGGCAGCCGCUUAACCAACUGAGCCACCUGGGUGCCCCCAGAAAGGGAUUCUUAAAGUGAUUUGAAGGAAGGGAUUUAACUAGACAAGAAGGAUGGGGGGUGGGGGCAGAAGGAUAGCAGCUAUGAAAGGCCUGUGGUAGGAAGGACUUGGGGAGAGGGGAACUUGAGUAGGCUAAUGUGACUGCAACGCAGCAAGUGAAGGCAACAUGCGUGGGAGCAGAAAGUAGAGACAGACCUAUAUGUGGAUCUUGCAGGUUAUGAUAAAGGUUUGAGGUUUUAUUCUUAGAACAAGAAGUCACUGAAAAGUUUUAAGCCAUUGACCCUGGCAAAAUGAAUUAAUAUAUGUACAAACUACUUGGAGUUAAGUUCAUUAGUACAGAAAAAUAAAUUUAACUUUUUUUUUUUUAAUGCCAGUCUCAUCUCCUUAUGUCUGGCAUUCAAGGUUCUUAGAGCUGCAAUCUACAUCUGUAGAUUCAUAACCCAUUUCACUACCCCGACCUACUGCCUGUCUCCCCCAUCACACAUACAGUUUAUGCUCUGUAAUUGACAGGCUCACUCAUUUCCCAAAGCCCUGAUUAAAAACCACAUCCUUCACCAAGACUGCCCAGAUGUGUUGCAGGGGAACUUAAUCCUACCCGACUGCUGAGUUCCUCUAGCAUUUGGGGAGAAAUACACGUUUAUGUAGCACUUACCAUUGGUUCUUUGCUGUGAAUUAGUUGCAAUUUUUACAGUAUGCCUCUGGGAGAGCCCUUGAAAUGCAGUAUUCUAAGGAGUCAUUCUAAAUUCUUUUAGCUUAAGUAAGAGAUGCUGAGCUUUCUGGAUUUUUUUUUUUUUUUUUGUCUCUGAUGCCCUUGAAUAUCAAGACUUAAUAUUCAAGUUUGUUUGAAAGAGUUUAGUGAGAUCGUUGGUAAUCUUAAGAUUCACUCAUUCAAGUCAGUAGCAUCCUGUUUGGUUCUCCACAGGAUCAACUGCUAUUUCCUUGCAUGGCAGUGUUCACCAGGGUCUAUCAUCUAUGCUAUCACUUUGACCUCUACCAUAUAUGGAUUAAUUAAUUAAAUCACUGAGUAAAUAUUGAGCAGUUAUUGUUACCCAGACACUAUUCUAGCCACUAGGGAUAUGGCAGUGAACAAAAUAGUUGAAAAAUAAAGCAAUCUGUGUUAUGUAGCUUACAUUCUAAAUGGGUUAUAAGUGUAAAUUAAAAAUAAAUGGUAUCUUAUGAUAAUUAUAACAAGCAAAGUGGGAAAGGGGAAUAUGAAACUCUAGGAUCUGUUGGUGUUAAAUCUUAAAUGAAAUAGACAGGGAAGUUCUCACUGAGAAGGUAAAUUGGAAAAAACCUCCAGGACAUGAGGAAGUCAGCUGGACUGAUGUCUGCAGAAAGAGUGUUCAACGUGAAGGGGACAGCAAGUACAAAGGCCCUGAGAUCCGUGCCUGGCAUAUUCAAAGAAGAGCCAAAAAAAAAAAAAAAAAAAAAAAAGACCAGAUAGGGUUAGGGUCAGAGUGAAUGGGGAUGGAGGGAGUUAUGUCUUCUCUCUUUUUUUCUUUGUCAUUACCUAAAGGGUUGUCAAGUUUGAUGAUCUUUUCCAAGAGCUGACUUUUGGUUUCUUUGAUUCUUUUGUUUUUCUAUUCUCUAUUUCAUUUAUCUACAUUCUAAUCUUUUUAUUAUUUUCUUGCUUUAGCUAGCUUUGGGCUUUGUUUAUUUUGUUUUUCCCCCUUUUUCUAGUUCCUCAAGGUGUAAUGUUAAAUUAUUGAUUUGAGAUCUUUCCUUUUUUGAUGUAGGCAUACACAGCAAAAUUUCUCUCUGAGCACUGUGCUGCAUUCUAUAAAUUUUGGUAUGUUGUGGGGCUUUUUUUUUUCACUCAUCUCAAGGUAUUUUCUAGUUCCUCUUAUGAUUUCUUCAAUCACUGGUUGUUUAAGAGUUUGUUUAAUUUCCACAUAUUUGUGAAAUGUGCAGCUUUCCUUCUGUUACUGAUUUCUACCUCUGUUCCAUUGUGGAUGUUCUGUCCAUGAUUGAAAGUGGUGUACUGAAAUCUCCAGAAGUCUCCAUUAUUGUGAGCUGUCUGUGUCUCCCUUCAGUUCUGUUAAUAUUUGGCUCAUAUAUUUUGGAGCUCUGUUUAGUACAUGUAUGUUUAUAAUUGUUAUUUCUUGGUGAAUCAACCCCUUUAUCAGUAUAUAGUUCUUCUUUGUGUCUUGUAACAGUUUUUACUUAAAGUGUAUUCUGUCUGAUAUUAGUAUAGUCACCUCAUCUCUUUUUUAGUUACCAUUUGCAUGGAAUAUAUUUUUCUAUCCUUUAACUUACAGCCUAUUUAUGUCUGCGUUGAAAGCCAGUCUCUUAUGGACAGCAUAUUGGAUCAUUUUUAAUCUAAUCUGCCAGUUUUGGCUGUUGAUGGGAGAGUUUAAUCCAUUUAUUUUCAAUGUAAUUAGGAAUAAAGAAGGAUUUACUUAUGCCAUUUAAUAUUUGUUUGCCAUGUCUAAUACUUUUUAAAAUUCCCUAUUUCCCAUGGCCUUCUUUUAUGUUUAAUUGAUUUUUUUUUGUAUUGAGAUGUUUUUAUUUCCUUCUCAUUUACUUUGUGUAAAUUUUUAGUUAUUUAGAUAUUUCCUUUGUGGUUACAAAGGGGAUUACAUUUAAUAUCCUUAAGUUAUACCUAGUUUGAAUUGAUACCAAUUUUACUUUAGUGGCAUACAAAACUUUGCCCCUCUAUAGCUUCAUUCCCCCCUUUAUGUUGUUAUCAUCACAAAUUACAUUUUUAUACGUUGUGUGUCCAAUAACAGAUUUAUAAUUAUUUUUAUGCAUUUGCCUUUUCAAUUAUGUAGGAAAUAAAAAGUGGAAUUACAAAACAAAACUGCAAUAAUAUUGGCUCUUAUAUUUUCCUGUGUAGGUACCUUUACUGGAGGAAAUUAUUUCUUCAUAUGGCUUCAACUUACUGCCAAGUGGCCUUUUGUUUCAAUCUUUUAUUUUACUUAUUUAUUAAACAUGGGACUUGAACUCGGGAUCCUGAGAUCAAGACCUGAGCUGAGAUCAAAAGUCAGAUGCUCAACUGACUGAGCCACCCAAAAGCCCUUGAAGGACUCCUUUUAGUAUUUCUUUAUGGGAAGAUCUAGUGGUAAUGAGCUCCCUGAGCUUUUGUUUAUCUGAGAAUGUCUAACUUUUCGCUCAUUUUUGAAUGACAGUUUUACUGGAUAUUGAAUUCUUGAUUGACGGGUUUUAUGUUUUUUCUUUCAGCACUUCCUGCCUUCCUAGGCUUCAUGGUUUCUGGUGAGAAAUCGGCUGUUUACCUUACUGAGGAGACCUUGUACCUGACAAGUUGCUGCCCUCUUAUUUCUUUCCAGAUCUUCUUUUUGUCUUUUGACAGUUUGACUCUGACGUGUCUUAGUGUAGCUGUGUAAGUUUAUCCUACUUGGAGUUAAUUCAACUUCUUGAAUGUGUAGAUUCAUGUCUUCCAUCAAACUUGGUAAAUUUUCAAUUGUUUCUUCAAAUAUUCUUUCUGCCCCUUUCUCGCUUUCUCCCAUAAUACAUAUAUUGAGCCUUUUGAUAGUAUCCCACAGGUCUCAUAGCUCCUUUUAAUUUUUCUUCUUCCCCCGUUCUGUUCCUGGAUAAUUUUGUAACUGGAUAAUUUCAGUUGUCCUAUCUUCAAGUUCACUCAUUCUGUCUUCUGCAUGCUCAAAUUUUCUAGAAGUUGAACCCCCUCUAGUAAAGUUUUUUUUUUUUUAAUUCAUUUACCAACAUCUCCCCAUUUCUGCAGCCCUUGGCAGCCACCAUUCUACACUGUUCUGUGAGUUUGACUUUUUAAGAUUUUACAUAUAAGUGAGAUCAUGCAGUAUUUGUCUUCUGUUUCUAACUUAUUUCACUUAGCACAAUGUCCUCCAUGUUCAUCCAUGUUGUUGCAAAUGACAGGAUUUUCUUUUUUAAGGUUGAACAAUAUUCCACUGUGUGUGUAUGUAUACACACACACACAUACAUACAUAUAUAUAUGUAUGUAUAUAUAUAUAUAUAUAUAUACACAUACUGUAUUUACUUCAUUCAUUCACUGAUGGACACUUAGGUUGUCGCCAUUGUGAACAAUGCUGCAGUGAACAGAUACUGAUUUCAUUUCCUGUGAAUAUAUAUCCAGAAGUGGUAUUUUUGGAUCACAUGGUAGCUCUUAAUUUUUUUGAGGAACCUCUAUAGUGUUUUCCAUGGAGUUUUCAUUUCAAUAAUCAUACAUUUCUAUCCAGAAUUUCCAUUUCGUUCUGUUGAUAAUUUUUCUUUAUUGAAAUUCUUAUUUUGUUCUCAAAUCACUUUCUGUAUUUCCUUUAGUUCUUCAUCUUUGGCUCUUUGAACACAUUUAAGACAGUUAUUUUAAAGUCUUUGUAUAAUAAGUCCAGUGUCUGGGUUUUCGUGAGAACUGUGUCAGUCAAGUAAUUUUGUUCCUUUGAAUAGGUCAUAUUUUUCUGUUUAUGGGUAUACUUCGUGAUUUUUUUUGUUGAAAAGCGAACAUUUGAAUAUUGUGGUGUGGUAACUAGAAAUCAAAGUUUCCCUUCCCCCCCCAGGAUUUGCUGGGGUUUUCUUUCUUUUUUUUGAUUGUUAAAGGCUGUAGUGGUUCAUUUGUCUACUGACAUCUUCCCCCACCCCAACCCGACAGUGUAUUCUUUUCAUGUGUGGUCACUGAAGUUUCUGUUCCACAGCAUGUGUUCGACUAGUGUUUGACAGAUUUCUUUGAACCCCGGGAGCUACGCAAACACACACAUACACACACCUCUUGGUCUUUGCAGAUUGGCCUUGUGCUGUGGUCCUUCUUCUUACCCAGACUUCCACUGAGUCUAGGGAUCAACCUGAAGUGAAAGCUUGAGGUCUUCUCAGUUCUUUUCUAAGCGUGUAUGUGGCUUUGUAAAUUCCUCUUUAUUAUUAAAGUGCUUUUGAAUGUCCUAAUUUCUCAAAGGAACUCUCCUGAUCUUUUCCUCCCAGGCCUUAGGUGUUCUUUCAUACCUCAACUAUAAUCUUUUGCCUUAGCAGUCUGCAGAUUGUUUGUCGGCCUUGUUUUCAAACAAUGUAUUCUGCAUUUCCAGCAUGACCGAGUUCUGAGUUAGGUGAAACAGAAAUGAUUGCCUUUCUUCAGUCCUUCAAAUAGCCCCAAGGCAGGUUAGAAUAAAUGUACACAGUAAUUUGCAAAUAAAGUGUCCUGUGUUCCUUUCAAAAGCAAGGACCAGUGCCUCACCCUGGCAACAUGGGCAUCCUUAAGGUCAUUGCUGAGCCAGGGAGAGGCUAGGGUAAAGGCCAGUAGAAAUGCCACAGAGUUUUCCUAUAGUUUUGUUUCUGUCUCAUUUUUUUAAGUGGCAAGAUAAACAUGAUAUAAAACUUAACCAUUUGUAAGCAUACAGUUCAGUGGCAUUAUGUACAUUCAUAUUGUUCAAUCAUCACCACUGUUCUUUUCCAGAACUUUUUCAUCAUCCCAAACUGAAACUCUAUAGCCAUUAUAUGAUAAUUCCCCUUCUCACCUCCCCCAGCCCUUAUUAAGCACCCUAUACUUUCAAAGUUGCCUUUUUUUUUUUUUUUUUGAUUCAGCAUUUGGUGUUGCUAUAUAAAACUUUUUGACUAUUUUCCAGAGUUCUGACAAAACUGGUUUGGGUAGUUUCUGCUUGUGUUUCAGUUUCUGUGAGCUUGGAGCUAUCUACUAUGCCAUUUUGCUGACAUCACUCUCAACACUACAGUUUUGUCCUGAGUGAUUUGGAAGAGUAGACUAGCCAUUUACUGAUAGGAAAGACUGUGGGAAGAUCUAAUUUUGAAGAAUAUCAAAGGCUCAGUUGGGGAUAAAUUAAACUCAAGACACCUAUUAGACAUCAAGUGGAGAAGUCAAGUAGGUAGGUAGAAAAGAAAAGAGCUCCCAAGGACUGAUCCCUAGGUGGUCCAGCACAUAGCAGUCAGGAAGAUGAAGGAGAACCAAAAAAGAGACUGAGAAGGACUGGCCAGAAGGAUGGGAAGUAAAGCUGGAAAUUGAGAGUCUUGGAAACAUAAGAUGUUCAUCUUGGGGACAGAUAAAGCUGCUAAAUCAAAAAAGGUGAGGACUCUGGGAGUGAGCCAUGUGAAGUCAUAAGUGACCUUGGAUAAUGCAGUUUUGGUGGAGUUGGGGACAAAAGCUAGAAGAGGUUGUGAAGAGGGAAUUACAGACUGAGAAUACAGAUACUUCAAUGAGUUGCUGUAAAGAGCAGUGAUACGGAGCAAUUGCUGGAAAGGCAAAUGGGGUCAAGAGGUCUGCUGUUUUUUAAUUUAAGGAAAUGGGAUUUCUGAUGAGAUUGAUCCAAUGGAGAGAAGAAAGUGUUUGUAAUGCAGAAGACAGUCAAAUCGCUGGUGUACUCUUAGAAUAGUGGUAGGAGCUGGGAUUUGUGGAGGUUCUGGGUUCAUCCAUUAUAACAGAAGAGAAGAUAUGCAGGGGCAGAAGUGGGUAGGCAGGUAGCUACAUCUGUCUCCAUUUUCUAAUGACUCCCAGUUCCUAUCUAUAAUUGUUAUCUCUUCCCUGGGCCAAAGCCUACUGCCUUGAGACAUCCCUGACUGGAUUUCCUACAAAUACUCCUACAAAUACUUUAUGUUGUCCCAAAUGAACUAUCUUCUGAUUCAUGCUCCCUGCUGUGUUACUACCUGUCCAUGGCACCCAAUCCAUGCUGAGAAGAAGAAAGGCCAGCUUUUGAGCUGGGGUGUAGGCCUCAAUAAAAAGGCAGCCCCAGAGCUGAGGCUGGAAGAAGGGUGGAUUUCCUCUAUGGGCAAGGGAGUAAAGCGAAGUAAAACGAAGUAGGCAGAGCACUCUAAGAUGGGUGUCUGGUGACCAGUGGGCAGUGUACUCAGAGCAGUUACUUGGAGGUGGUUACAGGAUUUAAAGAGCUAUUUAUUUUGAGUUUUUCUUCCUUAGCGUUAGAUUGUUGUCCUGCUGAAGAAGAAUCCUGACAAGUCCUUUCGCACUCUGUGUCUGGCACAGGCUGUUCCCUCACACACAACGCACUGACCUCUGAUUAUUGACCAGUCUCCUCUUUGCAUCCCCAAGGUCACCUGGCAUGCUUCCCCUGACUCUUUUUCUUUGCCUCCUCAUCUCUAUCUCCUUUAUGACUGUUCUACAUCUCCUUUAUGGCUCCUAAUUCUUGUUCCAUGGAAGUUUUGCUCUGAGAGUUGGAUCGUCUUCAUGGCAUUAGGAAAAAGUACCUGGUGUGUAGGAGGCACCGUCGGGUCUGUUGACUGGCCGUGUAGAAAACUCCCAGACUGGCCCCGAGGCCUUGCCCACAGGUGCGCAGAUGCUUGUUAACUAAAAUGCACAAGCAAAUCCAGAAAUAACAUCCCUAUUGCAGGUUGUUUUGGGAUGAGGAUGUUAUUGUUGUGAAAUGUUUGUGUAUCAGUCACUUUGGACACAGAGGACAGUGCCCAUCUCCGUUGUCAUUUGUUCUGUCACUUCAAAGUACAGGAAAACCAUGGGUGGUGAUUUUAGAAUCUUACUCAGAACCCUCAGGGAAUGAGUCAUUUUGUACUGACGACUUUUCCGGAUUGCCACAGUUAAAAUAAAUGAAGCAACAGGA